GAAUGGCUCGUGAUGGACAUGGGGCCUUCGACUUCACCUCCAUCUUCAUCCUCACGGCCGGGCUGCUGCUGAGCGCCCAACCGCUGGCACGAGCUCAGGCCACGGGCAACGAAGGCGACGAGCUGCCGGACGAGGACGAGUCCCGCAUCAUCGGCGGGCGGCCAUGUUCCAUCAGCCAACGGCCCUUCCAGGUGGCCCUCAUCAAGCGGGGCCAGAUCCUCUGCGGGGGCAGCCUGGUAGCGGCCCAAUGGGUGCUGACCGCCGCCCACUGCCGCCAGCCAAUCAGGGAUCUGAAGGUGUUAAUUGGGACGGCGUCGUUACGGGGCGGGACGGGAGAAGUGAGGACCAUCUCCAAGGUCCAGGUCCAUCCGGCCUACAACCCCCGCAAGAACGACAACGACUUUAUGCUCCUGAGGUUGAACAGACCCGUCCAGUUCAGCAGUGACAUCAAGAAGAUCCGGUUGGCCACGAGGUGUCCCACGGACGGCAUGAAGUGCAGCGUCUCCGGUUGGGGCACCACCAGGUCUCCUGGAGGUAACCAACUUGCGAGGGUAGACCUCGGUGGAAGAGGCGGGAAGGCGACUGAUUGGGCGCGGGGAGAGGGCUCGGGUGACCUCAUCAGCUGGGAAAAGAGUAAGGGCUGCCCUGAUGUCACCUUCCCCCUGCCCAAUGAGCAGCUCCUCAUGGAGAACACCCUCCAGUUGGGUUUUCCCUUCAAGGUUCUCUUCCACGUUGACGUACCCACCUCCGAUGGAGUCACCUCCAUCGGCCACGUCUCACAGAACCCCACCGAAAGCGUCACGAGGUCUACCCAGGCCUCAGCGCUGCCCCAGAACCUCCAGUGCGCCGCCAUCGAGACCUUCGGGAGGGAGAAGUGCGCCAGAGCCUACGGCAACGCCGUCACCGCCAACAUGUUCUGCGCCGGCGUCCCCCAGGGGGGCGUCGAUUCCUGCCAG